AUGAAUCGUUUGCUGUUCACUCUGACUGUUCUUGUGAUGAUGGCUGCACCUGGUGGGUAAUGUAAAGCUUUGGAACUAAAGAAAUUGUAAAAUUACUCUACAGAUAAUGUUGUAGUUUCUUUGAUACUCAUUCGCGCUAAACAAUGCAGAAAGAGAUCAAACAAAAAUGGCAUCAAAACAACUCGUCCUGUGUUUUCGGUUGCUUUAAUUUGUCUCUGUCUUAUAAGGGUUUCUCUCCAUGAUUAAAAGAAAGGAGGUCAGUUUAAAAGGAAACUGAGAUUUUGCAUCGGUGUGGGGUAUGACGAGAUUAUUUGAUUUUAUCAACUGAGCUGAUAAUGUGAACUUGCCACCGAAAGAGUAUCUAAAGCUGACGUUUCGAACGUUGGCCUUUCGUCAGAGCGAGAUCGAUAUCCGUAAGCCGUACAAAAAUCCUUGUAAGUGCGGGGAUUUUGAUGUGUUUCCUUUUGUACUUGUACAUUUGCGUUUGUGUGCGUCAAUCAUGCGUGGGAGGAAAUCAUAUUGUGGUGCUGGUGUUUCGUUGACUUUUCAUGUGGUGAUAUGAUGUUUUACGAUAUUUUUUUAUGGUGAAAAACAAGACGCCAUUACCGAAGUCGUGUGAAGUCGUUUUAAUGAUGUACUACAUUUUGUGUGGUCUCAAUAGAAGACUGACGACGCCCACAUUUGGAACAGAACAACUGAGCGAGUAUUUCUUGCAUAGAACAGAAACCAUUUGUGUCUGAUUCCGUCAAUUUUGCACUGGGGUUGUUUUCCAUUACAUUUGUUUUCAACAAAAUGUGCUAAGUAAUUAAAGUGUGGCUAUACUUUAAGCCCAGUUGAAAAAAUGUGAAAUUCUUUGCUUUGGAAUUAUGAACGAUAAACAACAUAUUUCUUUUUUUUGCAUAACAAAAGAGCUUGUCUGGAAGUUUCGAAAUGACCCCUUUAGUCAUUAAAAUGGGUAUAAUUAGCUUCUUUGUGCCAUAGAAGAGAUAAAACACAAUAUUUUAAAGAAAUAGCGUUUCGUUUGAUUAUGUUUAGUAAAGGUGACUACCAAGUUAAGAAAGCUGGAAAAAAUUAAAGGUGCAAAGAACGUUGCGGCAAUUUAUGGUUGAGGCUCCAUGACCGGGAACAAUAUCUUUAGUGUUUCGUGUGCACCCAUUGUGACUGAACUAAUUUAUAACAAUUUUCUUUCGAUUUGUCUGUUCAGAAUAAUGCUAAGGAAAUAAUUUGAACGUUUGGAAUUUCCGGGGUCUCUGGGAUAACAGUUUUGUUAUUUUUAAUGAAUUGAUUCGAUGCUUUUUACGAGCAAUGUUCGGAUGAGCGUAGAGAUAAAACGUACUUUACAUCGUGGCUAAUGCAAUGUCCGAAAUUUUCCGGUUUUGGCGUAAGUUGCGCAUAAAAGAGACAGAGAAAUCACUAAAGCAUGCCAAACUUAAUGUUGAUUCUGGCGAAAGAUUCAUAAAAGAAGUCAGGUGACUGAGUAUCAUGUUCUUUGCUGGUACAUUAAUGAAUAGCUAUUAUGGUGCCGUUCACUUUUUUGACUUUUUUUCUGUUUGGUUUUUACACGAAUCACGAUACAGGUCUUCAUUCUAAGCAAGAUGCGUUUCAAACGCUUUACUGCCUCAAGUGAUUGGGAAGCCCGCAAGAACUAGAUCACGCAAAGAAAUUAAGGGCGUAUGAUAAGCUAGUUGUCUUAGAAUACGCUUCCUAAACGUUCAAAACCUAACAACGGGAUAUGAACAUGCUGUUAUUGAAUGAUUGAUCAUAUAAAUAGGUCACGUCAUGUUCUACUUACUUCACUCGCAAUCGAUCAGAGAAUAGAUAGCGAGUGGCUUGGCCAAUCAGACGGCAGCAUUUGUGAAUGCAAUUAGAUUAACAAAAAACAGUAAUUUCCAGCAUUCCUCGAGGUCAUUCAGUGUGUAACUUUUAAGACUGUUAUAUUUUUUUCUUUGUCAUCAGGUUGUGCAUUGAAAUGCUAUGUGUGUUCUGGCAAUGAAGAUACCUGCAGCAAGAGCAAACUGGAAAGUAACAAAGGCACCUAUUUGCGGGAAUGCUCUUCCCUCUAUGACAGGUGCGCCAGGAGUUGGUCCAAGAAAGAUGACGUGAGCGCUGUGGCGAACAACUGCGCCACCAAAGAAAUCUGUGACACAGCUGAAAAUUUUUGUGACAAGCUUAAAGAUAAUAUCAAGGACUACAAGUGCGGGGUUGGUUGCUGUACUAGCGAUGGCUGUAACGCAGGCUCGCCUGUGACCUUCAGCUUCUUCCUGUUGAUCGUCUCUUCUGUGCUGGGCCUAGCACUAAUGAAGUAG